CUCACUCGUCCUUACAAUACUCUCAUCAGUACGCGAUGGUAUCCGCGAACGUUGUCCUCAAGGCGGAGAAGAGAACUAUGCGGAAAGCUCUUUCCUCUACUUUGAAAACCAUUUCUCCUGCAAUCAUUGAGAAGCAAUCAAAGGCUGUUGCAGAUCGUGUACUGCUUCUUGACGCCUUUCGAAAAAGUAAAACAAUCAGCUGCUAUCUCAGCAUGCCAACGAUGGAGCUGGACACGUCCAUGUUGGUUCAGGAAAUUGUGCGCUCAAACAAAACCUUAUUUGUUCCUAAAAUAUCAUCAGAUGACAGCAUGGAUUUUCUGGAAAUUCAUGGUGCGGAUGAUAUCAAGUCGCUACCAAGCAGCUUAUGGGGCAUUCGAGAGCCUGGACCCACCUGGAAUGGGUUUCCCAGAAGAAAUGCAUUAGACGCGGCCUGCGAUGACUUGGACGUGAUUUUGGUUCCCGGUGUCGCUUUCGAUAGGACGCUAUCUCGUCUGGGCCAUGGAAAAGGGUAUUAUGAUAGAUAUAUCUCUGAGUAUGAGGCCAGUGGAAGGCCACGCCCUUUGCUAGUGGCCUUGGCGCUGCAGGAACAAGUACUGGACUCCAUUCUCCCCAUUGAUGACCAUGAUCAGAAAAUGGAUAUGAUUGUGACGCCUGCAGAAAUUAUCUACUAAUGCAGCGAGCGACCGGAAAGCAAAGCAUCUACCACGGAAAGGGUUCGCAGAGCUAUGCAUAGUUGAAGAUUAUCUACGAGGACAGACACAGACCUGAGAUCGAUACAUGCGUGUAAUGGGCACGGUCAACGAG